AUGAAUAAUACAACGGAAAAGCCACUUAUCUCAACGCCCAAGGUUAGCAAAUCUUCAUCACCAGCUGUAGAGUCGUCAGGAGAGAAUGGUGUGAGAAGAGCCAGACGUGCAAUCACCCUAAAUGUAGACUACAACUUGAAGAAAAGGCGAAUAAUUCCUGCCGAGGACUUUAAAUCACGAAAAGGCUCCAAGAAUCAAGUUAAUGCGACUGCACCUAGUCCCAGUGCGAUUCCGAAUACUCCACAAGAACCACAGCCGGUGAAGAGUAUAAUAGAACUUGAUCCUGAUGGGAAACUUAAUUUCAAUGAGCCCGAAUCGGUCGAUCCCGUUAAUGGUAUGACCGGUCUACCACUGAGUAUGGGACCUCCUGAAAAGGUCAAAAAAGAAUCAUUCUGGUCAUACAAAAAGGGAACUAGACCAGAUUCUAACAGUGCAUCCGGUAACCACGAAAGUAGUAUGCAAAUGCUUGAUCCACCAUAUUCUGGCUACCAAGAACAAUUAGAGACCAGCAAAUCAGAUACAUUGAGUAAAUCAAGUUUCCUGCGCUCCACAACAAAGCCAAAAGACAUUUACAGGACAAAGAGACAGUACCGUAAAAAGAAUCACGAUAGUUCCCACCACAAGAACAAGCAUUUCCCAGUGCACACCAAAAUAAAAGCCUCUACAACGAAAGAAAAUAAGCUUUUUGGCCAGAACUCCAUCACAAAUCAAAAAGCCAUUGCGCCUGUGGUAGCAACGGCUGCUAGUUCCGCUGUAGAGAAUGAUGAUUUUUGUUCCAGUUGUCACCAACCGGGUGUUUUUCUAUGUUGUGACACUUGCCCGAAAUCGUUUCACUUUGUAUGCUGCAACCCUCCAUUAGAUCCUGACAAUUUGCCGGAAGGCGACUGGUCUUGCGCAGAAUGCCAUUAUAAAUUUAGGUGUCCCAGUAAGUCGGUCGCGCACAAAUUGGAAAAGGAGUAUCUGUCUACACUCGAAAGCUCCCCAGGUGGAUCCGUGUUUGGGAAACUACUAUUCAAACUAGAAUUUACAAAUCCACGACAGUUUCUACCACCAGUUCCCAUCAGGGAUGCUUUCCAAGACGUAAAAACCGGGGACCAUGGAGAAUACAACGAUAACUCGUUGUUAGAACCACUCAGUGAGAAGCAAGUGUUGAACGCGGGUUAUGGUCAAAGCUUAACCAGAAUGGAUCAGUACAACCCUGAUCAGCAUGUAGAUGCAGAGUCUGGUGAAUUGCUUAUUUGUUUUCAUUGCCGUAAAACCAAAAUGGGCACUGUAGAUCACCCAGAGGAGGAGCGGCUUAUCACUAAGUGUGACUAUUGUGGAACUCCAUGGCAUUUAGAUUGCGUACCAGAUACGCCGCGUGCAUCUUUCAAAAAUUUGGGUAGCAAAUGGAUGUGCCCAUUGCAUGCUGAUGACAUGCUACAUCACCGCAAAAGGAGACUCGCUCGCCAUCAGAGAAUGUUUACGCCUAGUUCAACCUAUAGAAUCCCCAACAAUGGCGACAUUGACAUAACACUGGACAAGAUUUCUGCACCCGUAUCAAAAGAGUCAAUCCAUGAUGCUAAAGUUAAUAAAGAUUUGGCAGUUUUGCAAUUGCCCGAGAAUUCCAUUAAGUUUGAUUUCGUUGACAAAGUUUAUAGAGCGAAAGCAGCUCUUAUGGACAAGGAAUUUCAUCACCAGGAGGGUUUAAUUAAUAAGGCUUUUUCGUCCGCUGCAAGCCCGUCUCUGUCAGGUUCUAAAAUAGGUUCCUUUCUUUAUUUCACACUGCAGAAAAACGGACCGUUUCAAAAGUUAUGGGAUUUCAAAGAACUUUGCGACUUGGCGAACAAAGAACUCAUAAGGUCUGAAUUACCAAGCGACGAAAUUUCCGAACUGCUUGCAUUACGAAAAAUUCUAGAGUCAAAAUCUAAAGGGGAAGUUAUGGAUUUCUUUGGUAUAAGCAAAUAG